GGGUGUUCACCCACCUAAGUAGUGUCAUCACCAGAGACCCUGUGGAGCAGCCACCCUGCCAGGACCCCGGACAGGACCCAGGACAGAGCCAGGUGCAGAAAGCUGUGGUCCGGGAUUCAGGGUGUCACAGAAUCAAAGUCUGCAAGGGACACUUCUAGGACCUGUGCCUUCUCACCAGGAUGAGCCUACUAGCUUCUUGGCAGCUGAUGCUUUUCCUCUGUGCUAUCUCCUUCAGGGAAACCUUAGAAAAGGUGGUGCCCAUGGAGAAUCCUAGAUCCACCGGCCAGCAGCUCAGCCCCCUGCCGCUUUUGGCCACCUGGGAGCAGAGCCCACUCUGCAGAGUCCGAGAGAGUGAAGUGGGGUCCCAGAGGCCAGCCUCGUGCAUGCCCCGCAGCCGCCUGAUCCCAGCCUCUCGGGGCGCAGUGCUGGUGCAGCGGGAGAAGGACCUGCCUGCCUACAACUGGAACUCCUUCGGACUGCGCUAUGGCAGGCGGAGGGCAGCGCCCCAGAACAUUGCCCAGGGACAAGGGACUUCCAGCCUGGACUGACAGGGCCUCUGGGCACUCAGAGUGGGAGAAGGGGGCAGGGAA